AUGUCUCGAAUUCUAGAAGAUGACGCUGACUAUCAACUUAAUCAAGAUCUAUUAAUUUUACAUAAAAUAGUUAAUGUAAAAGAGCAUGGCCACGCUUAUAAAGCUUCGUUAUGUGAUGGUGAUUGUUUGAUUGAAAUCAAUGGACAUGACGUCAGAUCCAGAUCUUAUGUAGAAUGUGUAACACUGCUUCAAAAUACUGGAGAUAAGUUAACAAUCAAAGUGAUCCGCUGUUCGGAAGAAAAUACUGUUGUUAGUUCAACAGUGCAAACAUCGAUCGUAGAUGAUACCGUACAACCCAGUGGAGAAGAACGAAUCAGUAGUAUCAAUAUUGUUGACUUUUUAAAACCAGAUCGUUGUAUUUAUUCCAUCAAAGUUAAUUAUAAUGAUUCUUCAAUUGUUCGAUGCUUCGAUUUUCUUAAACCUUAUUGUACAAAUCCAGAUGGUCCUUUACAUCCUACAUUCAAUACUAUUGUCGAUCAACCAUUAGACACAACUACACUUUCUCAAAUUUUGAACAAUCGAGUUGUACCAGCUGAUGCUCUCACAGUAUAUGUUGUUGAUAGUCUUAAACGAUAUCAUGCUCUCAAUGAUAUAAUCACUCUUCUUUCCAAUGAUCUAUACUCGCUAUUAAAAGCAAAUACUAUAAAUGAAUGCGCAUCAUUGAUUGAGCAACUUACAAAAAGAGUUCUACUUGUUCAAACUCUUGAAAAUAUGCCAUAUGAUAGUCAACGUUUUCUAUGUAAUUUCAUUCGAAAAAAUGACUUACCUAUUCCAUUAUCAUAUCGAAUCUGGGAUUCAACGGAAAAGACAAUGUACCAUCGAAUCAAUUUUAAUUGCUUGAUGGAAGUAUUAUGCUUGACUGAUCUUCAUGCGAUUCUACAAUUUGGAAGUCCAUCGGCUUCAGGUUUAGGCAAAACAAGUCUCAUCGGAUAUUUCUGCCAUGAUAAACGACUUGAAUCACUUUUUACUGAUGCUUCUGAUAUGUCUUGGCGAGAUGGCUGUAUGGAUGUUCUCUUUACAGACCGGUUUACUGUUUUUGAUGUUCAUGGUACAGCCACAGACAUUAGAUUAAUUCGGUCAAUACAACCUUAUACUUAUGUUCAGAUUAUUUAUGUGACUGAAGCUGAUUUAAACACGAAUUUCCUAGAAGAAAAUGCUAUGGGUAAUGCUCCACAUAUUUCAACUAUUGUAGUUAUUUUUGAUCGUAAUUAUGAUAAUCAUGAACUAUCGAUGAAAUUGAUCAAGAGUUUCGAAGAAAAAUUCAAACAUUGGACUAAUACACAAUGGGCUUCAGCGCCCAUGGUCAAUACAUCCAAUAACCUAUCAGCAAUCAAGAAAAAAAUACGUAAUCAACAAUUGUACGAGACGUUUGAUCACUUAUUAAAACAAAUUAAACCUUAUGGUCAAGAACCAUUAUUUCGAAGUUGUUUUCAAAUUCAAUCGUCUUUCUAUGAAACUAACGCGGGUUUAGCACCAAUCAAGCUUGUAUUCGAUAUCGAAAAGAAACUCCAUCGUCUUUUUUCUAAUCUUUCGGAUACGACAGAGAAUCUUCGUCUAGUUACACCUCAUACUUAUCAACAAUCAAUAGCUCGAGUACCAAAUGCAUCAUUGCCUGAAUUGCUUCCAUCUGAAACAAUCACAUUAAAUUAUUCUAGUAAUGACAUUUCUCAACGUAUUCCAACAAGUUGUAUCCUCAAUGAAUAUCAUGCUUUUACUAUUUUAUUAUUGAACGAUCGAACUUACAUUGAAUUGCUUAUUGUCGAUGCCUAUUUAGAAAAGUGGAGAGCAGCUUAUGCACCUAAUUUACGACAAACACAGUUGAAAUUCCGUGAAAAAGUUUCAAAAGCUUUGCGACAGUUAAAACAAGCCGAACGAGAAAAUGUAACAUCAUCUGAAAUAACUAGUUUACGUGAAAAUUAUGAAAGUUUACUUAAUCAACUAAAAGAAGUCGAUAUUCGUUUAGCAAAUGUUGAUUUAACAUUUGGCUUAUUAUGUGAUGAACUGUUUUCUCUCUGGGAUACUAUUCAUCGAACACAAUCAUCGAAUGAAAUAAAGAAAUAUCAAAAAGAGUUUGAUCUUGUUGCAACUAAAUUAACAGAACUUGUUUAUAAAGGUUUUGCUUUACAUAUUCUUCGUGGUCGACCAUUAAAAAGUCAUAGUCGACUAUUAAAAAUGUGCAUUGAAAAAUUGACUUCAAGAGAGUCUGUUGCCGUUCUAACUGUUGUAGGAGAACAAUCAUCGGGCAAAUCGUCGUUACUGAAUUCAACAUUUGGUUGCAAUUUUCGUGUCAGUACUGGUCGUUGCACACUUGGUUUAUAUCUCGGUCUUGCGUAUUACAAAAAUAUGGCUAUUAUAAUUAUUGAUAGUGAAGGACUCAUGUCAUUAGAAGAGUCAGGCUCGAUUUUCGACAAUCAAAUGGUCACAAUGGCAAUACUUUCCUCCAAUGUAGUAAUUGUCAAUCAUAAAGGUGAACUAGGCGCUAGCCUCGAAGGUCUCAUAGGUAUGAGUUUGUACGCUAAAAUUCAAAUUCAAAGUUCACCAAUCAAGCCAGCACUUCUAUUUGUUUUACGUGAUCAAAACGAUCGAAAUAUGGACAUUUUUCAACAACAACUUGGGACAUUUAAAGAUAACAUUCAAACAAACGGAAAAUUUCUACAAAUCUGUAUCGAUGAUGAACUUGACAUGGCAAAUAUUGUUCUUUUGCCUGGAGCAUACACCGAAGAUAUUAAUUCAGAUUACGGUAAGGUAAAACAAUGGCGUACCGAAAAGUUCUCUAGGGAAAUCAAUGAAUUCCGAAAGACUGUAUUUAAAUGUCUUGAAGAACACAUACAGGAAACAGUAAAUACUAAGGAUAUUCAACAUAAUUCAUCGGAUGCUACGAUAUUGCGCAAAUAUUUUGAUACUUAUCUUUAUUCAAAGUUAACAACAAAUUGGAAAUCAAUUGAUGAUCUUGGAGUAGGCUUACUUCAAUGUCAGAAUUUAUAUGAAUUGAGUAUUCAAAAUGAACUUAGAUCUAUUGCUGGUAAUAUCAUUGUCGAACGACAAAAUCGAUUACAAAGAAUAGGAAGUGAUUUAAUUCAAACAUUGAUCAAGAACAAUGAUCAAUGUAUGUACACAAAUUUAAAUACAAAUACCAGUUUAGAACUUCAUUGUUGGGUUAAAAAUAUUGUGAAGAACGGAAAUAUAGAAUUAAAUAAAGUUAUUGAUGAACAAGUUGAAGGUGCUCUCAAAGAUUAUCAUGAACAAACACAACAUAGUUACUUUGCAAAAAUGAAAAGUCAUGAGGCAACGAUUGAGGCCAGUAUUAAAAAUAUACGACAAUAUCUAUACGAACAACUUGAAACGCGUGCUUUAGAAAUGGCAUUAAAAAUGAGACAAGACUAUUAUCGAAGAGAAUUAUUUGAUAUAAAAGUAAAAUCAGAACAAUUCAACGAUCUUACUACCAAAUUGAAUCAACGUGUUCAACAAUUAGAGAUAGAAAUCACUGACAGUCUUCAAGCAUAUAGACGAAGUAAAGAAGCCAUUGCGAAAUCUGUUUUAGAUGUAUACAGAAAUCUUAGCGAAACUAAAAGUCCAAAAAAGCAUCGUAAUAGUGCUUAUAAUCUAUGUCAAUCACUAGACUACAACAAAUAUGUUGAAACUAUUAAAGAGUUCGAUAAUAUCAUUAAUAGAUAUAUGAAGUCGUACAUUGAGAACAAUGGACGCUUCCAUCUGUCACAAGAAACUGCAACUCCUCAGUCACCUUUUCCACUAGCUGAACCUAUAUUUCCUUCUUCUCAUCCGUUAGAAGAUUUAAAUGUAUAUAAAUGGUUUAACAAUAUCGAUGAUCUAAAUAAAAAGCAACAAACAAUGCAUUUCGUUUUUCGUGUCCUAUUGAGUAGAAUCAACGAUCGACUUGAGAUUUUUCCUUUACAUUUGGUAUAUUCAGAUCCUAAAAUGGUUAAUGAACUUAUUGAAACGAUUGAUGAUGAAAUUAAUUCAGCUAAAAUAGAUUUGACUCAUAUCAAUAGAACAGUAUUGGUUCAUGACCUUAUUAUCUUAAUAUUAUACAUGCUUGUUGAAAAAACAAAUCAACGAUUCGAAUUCAAAAUUAAUCUAUUAUUAAGUGACACACUAAAUGAUCUUAAUCAAGUAAAACAAAAUCUUCUCGAUCAAAUAAAUAAAGAUGAAACAUCAAAUAGUCAAGCACAACUUUUCCGUCGCAUAGUUGGAAAAGAAAUUAUUCAUCAAGUAAAACGAAUCAAUCGACAAAACUUAAUCGAAGAGAUUCUUACAAAAUUCAAUGAAUAUUGUUUAAUUCAUCCGACGGAUAUUACACGGCAAAUUUAUGCAGAAAGUAUUGCUUCAGAACCAAUCAAUCCUUCCGCAAUACUGAAACUUGUUGCAGAUCCGAGCUAUUUUUGUUUCGAACUUAUUUAUCUAAUAAUCAAGAGAUUUUCUCAACAAAAUAUUGAUCUCUAUUGGAAUGAUGUUGCUUCCGCGUACGCUGCAUAUAUGGCUAUGACUAGAGACAUUAUUUUGAGUGACAAAUGUACUGACACUCAUGUACUACACAAUAAAAUACUUCAACAGAUUGUUUUUGAAAUACCUGAUUUUCAAGCUUCACGUACAAUUGAACUAGAACGAAAAAUUGCCGAUCCAGAUCAUUUUCAAGAAUAUUUCAAAGACCUUGAUUUAUUUCAAAGUGAGAACGAUAGUGUUCUAUUACAACAAUUAGCUAAAGUUUCAGAAGACUUUAGUCAAACUUUAUCACCCGAAUGUUUUGAAACAUUAAUCUAUCGAUCCAUUGGUUGCACAUCACGGUGCCCUGGUUGUGGUAUCAAAUGUGAACUGCCAGCCAAAAUUGACUUUUCAGAAGAACAUCAUCACUAUAGUCAACAUCAUCUUCCUAUGGCUUUUAAUGGAUGGCCCCGGGAUGAUCAAUUUCAUCCACAUUUAUCUAUGUGCUAUCAACAGUGGAAAACGAAAACAUUGUUUCGAGGCGAUACUGCAAUGUCUAGCCCGGAAGAAUUUUUUUCAUCCGAAGCAUCGGACUGGCUUGAAGAUGUCAAGAAGAAAAGUGAAACUGGAGAAGCUCGUUUGGAACGUUAUCCUCUACUUGAGCAACGUCGUGCAUGGAUGGCUGUACGUUAUAAGUUACUCAAAGAUUUUCAGUUGCAAGAUCAGGAAAGUUAUCAUACGGGUGUUUAUCCAACAUCUAUUGUUAGUGUCCCCAACGAUGUUGAAGUAGUGUGGAACCAAUUAUGA